CUGCGCCCGUCCGCUGAGACAUGGGGCGCGCCCCGCGGGCCGCCGCGGUCCUGGAGCUGCUGCGCUUCUGCCUGGUCCAGGCCAACUUUGCACCCCACUUCUUCGACAAUGGAGCGGGCAGCACCAACGGAAACAUGGCCCUGUUCAGCCUACCGGAGGACACCCCAGUCGGCUCUCAUGUGUACACCCUUAAUGGGACAGACCCUGACGGAGACCCAGUCUCCUACCACAUCAGCUUUGACCCCAGCACUAGAAGCAUCUUUUCUGUUGACCUGAAUUUGGGAAACAUCACCUUGGUUGAAGAACUGGAUAGAGAGAGGGAGGAUGAGAUCGAAGCCAUCAUCAGCAUUUCCGAUGGCCUGAACCUGGUGGCAGAAAAGGUCACAAUCCUGGUGACCGAUGCCAAUGACGAGGCACCCAGGUUCACCCAGGAGCCUUAUGUCGUCUUGGUGCCCGAGGACACGCCUACCGGAAGUAGCCUCUUUAAGGUCCAUGCUGUGGACAGGGAUACGGGCUCUGGAGGCAGCGUCACCUACUUCCUGCAGAGCCUCCACCCCACCAAAUUUGCUGUGGACCGCCACAGUGGUGUGCUGCGCCUCCAGGCUGGAGCCACUCUGGACUAUGAGAAGAUCCAGACCCACUUCAUCACUGUGGUUGCCAAGGACGGUGGAGGCAGGCUGCGAGGGGCCCCCGUGGUGUUCUCUGCCACCACCACAGUCACAGUCCAUGUGGAGGAUGUUCAGGACACCCCGCCUGUCUUUGUGGGCACCCCCUACUAUGGCUACGUAUACGAAGACACUGUUCCGGGUUCAGAGGUAUUGACGGUAGUUGCCAUGGAUGGAGACCAGGGAAGACCCAACCGCAUUGUCUACAGCCUCAUGAAUGGGAGCGGUGGCGCUUUUGAAAUCAAUGAGACAUCCGGAGCCAUACUGGUUUUGCAGAGCCCAGCCCAGCUGCACAGGGAGGCUUAUGAGCUGCAUGUACAGGUGACAGAGGUCAGCUCCGCAGGGAGCCCAGCUGCCCAGGCCAUGGUCCCUGUCACCAUCAGAAUCGUGGACCUCAACAACCACCCGCCAACAUUCUACGGGGAGAGUGGACCCCAGAACAGGUUCGAGCUGUCCAUGUAUGAGCACCCACCCCAGGGUGAGAUCCUUCGGGGCCUCAAGAUCACUGUCAAUGACUCUGACCAGGGAGCCAAUGCCAAAUUCAACUUGCGGCUGGUGGGACCUGGAGGCAUCUUCCGCGUGGUUCCACAAACAGUCCUUAAUGAGGCCCAGGUCACCAUCAUUGUGGAGAACUCAGCUGCCAUUGACUUUGAGAAGUCCAAGGUAUUGACCUUCAAGCUCCUGGCCAUUGAAGUGAACACCCCGGAGAAGUUCAGUUCCACAGCAGAUAUUGUGAUCCAGCUCCUGGACACCAAUGACAAUGUCCCCAAGUUCACCUCUCACUACUAUGUUGCCAGGAUCCCUGAAAACGCCCCCGGGGGCUCCAAUGUGGUGGCUGUAACAGCUGUGGAUCCAGACACCGGACCCUGGGGAGAAGUCAAAUACUCCAUCUAUGGGACUGGGGCAGACCUGUUCCUGAUCCACCCCUCCACGGGGCUUAUCUACACGCAGCCCUGGGCCAACCUGGAUGCUGAGGCCACAGCAAGGUACAACUUUUAUGUGAAAGCAGAGGACAUGGAAGGCAGGUACAGCCUGGCCGAAGUGUUUGUCACCCUGCUAGAUGUCAAUGACCACUACCCCCAGUUUGGAAAGAGCAUCCAGGAGAAGACCAUGGUCCUGGGGACCCCAGUAAAAAUUGAGGCUACAGACCAGGAUGCAGAGGAGCCCAACAACCUGGUAGACUAUUCCAUCACCCAUGCAGAACCAGCCAAUGUGUUUGACAUUGAUACACACACAGGGGAGAUCCGGCUCAAGAACUCCAUCCUCUCCCUGGAUGCCCUGCACAACAUCACGCCCAGGGGGGACCGCACAUGGUCCCUGGAGGUGCAAGCCAAGGACCGAGGCUCUCCGUCCUUCAGCACUACGGCCUUACUCAAGAUUGACAUCACAGAUGCUGAGACGCUGUCCCAAGACCCCAUGGCUGCCUUCCUGCUGCAGACAAAGGACAACCCCAUGAAGGCUGUGGGUGUGUUGGCCGGCAUCAUGGCUGUUGUUGUGGCCAUCACCGUCCUCAUCUCCACAGCCACCUUCUGGCGCAACAAGAAGUCUAACAAGGUCCUACCUGUGCGCCGCAUCCUCCGGAGGCGGCCCAGCCCUGCACCCCGCACCAUCCGCGUCAAGUGGCUCAAAUUCAGGAGGACCAAGACCGCCACCAAGUUCAUGCUCACAGAGGAGCCCCCCAAGAAGACCCACAACAACAGCAGUCCAGGAGACCCACCACCACCCAAGGCUCCAGCUCUCCCCCCACCCCCAAGAAUGGCACCUGACACAGUUGCCCAGUGGACAGUGCCUACGGUCUCUGGAUCCCUCACCCCCCAGAAACCUCAGCAGUCACCCAAGCCCCAGGCCAUUGGAAGCCCUGUCCGGUCCUCUAUGGUCUCCGAGCUGAAGCAGAAAUUUGAGAAGAAGAGUAUAGACAAGAAGGCUUACUUCUAGGGGGUGCCCUGUGGCCCUGCUUUCCUUUCCCCUUGCCCUGACCACUCCAUUGCUUCCACAGUGACCCCCCCCCCAACCUGUUCUGAAGGUCACCCUGUCUGGACAGGGCUUUGAGCAAGGGACUUCUUAGGUCAUAAAAUUGGUAACUGUGCCCCAUCACACACAUCCUGGGCAUGGUUAGAGUGACCCUCUCUCUAGAAGCUUCUCUCUGCAUCUUUUCACCAACCUAUACCUCAAGGCCUCCGGUCUUCCUGCGGGCUUGUUGUCUGCAGUCAAAGAGUGUGGGUCACAAAACCAGUGAGCAUCUGGAUCCUGAAGCCCUUGAAAAUGUGCAGGGAACAGAUCUGGGCCAAGCAGGGGGCAGGCCCUGAGAACUCAUCUGACUGCUGGGCCUCACCCGCAGCUGUGGGAACCACUGAGCCCGGCAUCUGGAGAGACUGUGGCCCCUGCGUACCCAGCAGGCCCAGCAGUCUGGCUGUGUGGGAUGGGCUUGGCCAGGAACAUAGCUGAUAUCCCAGUCUGGACUACCUUUGACCCAGAAGCUGGAGUGUCCAUGGGGUGAGCAUUGGGACCUUCUUCAAAGGACAGUACAUAGAGAUGAAAGCUGAGAUCUGGGCACUUCUGCUGUUCACAGAACAGCUCUCUGUUCACAUUAUGUAACUUUGGGGAAACUGCUUUUUGUUUUUGAGAGGGAGUCUUGCUGAGUUGCCUGGUCCAGCCAAAACAGGAAGUCUUGCCUCAGCCU